AUGGACGCGUCCGAGGAACGUUACUUCGGCAACCAAACGCCGGAUCGCUCGGAAAGCAACAGUCCGCGAUCGCAAAUGAGCAGUCCAAACUCAACGUCAUCAAUCAAUGUGACUGAUCAAUCUAUAUCGUUGACACAGCAUCAGCAAAAUUUAGAGACGCUAAACCGUAUGGGAAUGUUCUUUCAUGCACAGCAGAUGCAUCUUAACCAGAGUUUCGACGCCGUUAAGUCUAGAUUGGGUUUGACACAAGUGCCUACAAGUGUUAAUCAGGGACCGAGGCAUACGAUAGACGCUAUAUUGGGACUGAACGGUGGACGGCAAGUUAGUAGAGUGCAGAGUGAGUUUGAACAGAGAAGAGAAGAGAGGGAGUGCGAGGCGGUGCCAGUGUCGCCGGGAGCUGUGGAAAGUGCUGGUGAAGGUUCCUGUAACAGCAAUGAUGGGUACAGCCAAAGAACGCCGCCAGAUGACAAAUCACCUCCUGGUAGUGACGAUGACACCCCAAGACCAGGGUCUGCAGCAGACAAGAAGAAACACAGAAGAAACCGAACUACUUUCACGACAUAUCAGUUACACGAACUGGAGAGAGCGUUCGAGAAGAGUCACUAUCCUGAUGUGUACUCCAGAGAAGAAUUAGCUAUGAAGGUCAACCUGCCAGAAGUUAGGGUACAAGUAUGGUUUCAAAACAGACGAGCCAAAUGGCGUCGUCAGGAGAAAAUGGAGGCUGCCAGACUAGGUCUGUCAGAGUAUGGCUGCGGAGCUGGGGGAGGCAUACCCCGCCUCAGUGGUCUUGGGUUACCAGUAGACCCCUGGUUGGCGCCACCGCUACUAACAGCUUUACCUGGCUUCUUAAGUCACCCACCUUCUGGGUACCCAAGCUACCUCACCCCACCGGCACCAGCGGCGCCUGCACCACCGGUACCCCCUGAUCCUCGCUCCUCAUCCAUCGCAGCACUAAGGAUGAAGGCAAAAGAACAUGUCGAGAGUCUCAGCAAAGGUCUUCAGAUGGUUUAAUACAUAAAGAUAGUAAUUAGAAUAAUGCAUUAUUAAUAUAUUUAAUUAGGUCUUAACACGAAUUUACCUCUCUCAAUUAGCUUUUGAU